AUGAGCUUCGAUAUACGACACAAUUUCAUUAAGACGUUGGAUCAUUUCCCCAGUGAACUGGUUAGAACUCUUUGGACUAUACAGUCUUUGGAUUUUAAAUGUGACUCGUUAAAAGAUACUGCUAGUGAUAAUGAUAAAGAGAAGAAAUUUUUGAAAUUAAGCAGAUUACAACAGGCUAUAUAUUUGGAAAAUUUAGUAAAGAAAGAAGCUGAAUACUUGGAGGAUUACAAAAAUGAACUAUCUAUUUCUCUCGACAUUCGAAAGAGGCAUGAACGAAAUCUAAAUAAGAAAAGUACUAUCAGUGAGAUACGUGAUGUUAAUAAAUCUAUUAAGAAAGCAGUCACUAAAAGAAAAGGGAAGAAACUAUUGAUCAAGAUAAAUUUGAAGAAACAUAAGGAUGAGAUGAAUUCGCAAAUAAGACAGGAUAUCAUGAAUGAAACAUUGAAAGUGAGUAAGAUCGAUCCUAAUGAACCACGGUACUGUAAUUGUAAUGAUAUAUCUUAUGGUCAAAUGAUUGCCUGUGAUAAUGAGAAAUGUCCAAUUGAAUGGUUUCAUUAUGGAUGUGUAGGUUUAACAAAAGCUCCAUCAAGUGAAUGGUUUUGCAGUGAUUCAUGUCGUGAAAUUGCUCACAAAACGAACAUAAACGUGCCGCCAAGCGAUCCAGUACUUGAUUUAAAUGAUACUAAUAGCGCAGAUGCAAAUAAAAGCAUCUUAACGAAAAAAAAGAAGAAGAGAAGAAAGAGAUUUUAUUAA